ACGUGAUCCAUCCGGCCCCAACUGUAAACUUCCCGAGAGAGGAGUUAUUAUGACAAUAUCCAUACACGGCACAACACACACGUGCAUCUGAUUUCUGCAUGCAGAAGAACGAGGGAGCGACGGCCAUACAAUUUGGACUUACAUUUGAAAAACACCACGAAGAGCUCGAUUGCAUUUCACCAUGCUGUUGCUUGAUGACUCGCAGGUGUGCAGCUCGGACAGCUUAUUGGAGUUAGGGUGCGCAGUGAAUUCCUCUGGAGACAGUUGGGGACAAACUCCGGCGCACUUGGCUGCUUGUGGUGGGCAGGCCUUCUGCCUUCUCUGGCUUCUUCAAACAGGCGCAGACGCCAACCAUCAGGACAGCGCUGGUGAGACACCUUUCCACAAAGCCGCACGUGUGGGUAGCCUUGAAUGUCUCAGUGCCCUUGUGGCAUGCGAUGCACAACUUGAUGUUUGUAACAAUGAUGGUAAAACUGCAGAGGAUUUGGCGUGGCACUAUGGAUUCACAGAGUGUGGCCGUUUUUUAAGCACUCUCCGACUGACACACCACCGCAAAGCCUGCCUUGGGGUCCAUGAGGAGGGAGCGUUUGGAGUACGGCCCGACAGCUGCACAAUCACCGGGCAGAAAAGAGCGCGGAUAAGCCCUGAUGCUCAAGAUGGGAAGAAGUCUCGCGACUGGUGACACAAUUGACUUCACCCAAAUAGGAAAUAGAAAUUUGAUAUCAUGUGCAUGAGGAAGUCAGCACCAGAGAAGUGGAAGGACAAAUAGUCCCAGGAUAGGGGGCACACUGGGUGGAUUCCGAUCUGCGGACUUCCAUCCUCCCUUACUCACUUGCCUGCUUGUGACCUCAUGAUGAUGUCACUGAUGACAGAAAAUUAAUUAAAUAUUUUGCAAAAGCGCAA